AUGAUUAAAGAACCAACAGUUGCGGAUUCUUUGAUUAUUGCGGUACAAUUAUCUAAUGGUUAUAUAACAAAUCGAUUUUUACCUGAUAAAGCUAUUGAUUUAAUUGACGAAACUUUUGCAAGUAUUCAUGUACAAUUGGAUAGUCAAUCAGAAAUAAUUGAUCAAUUAGAACGUCGAGAAUUACAAUUAGAUGUUGAAGUAACAGUUUUAUCACAAGAAAAAGAUGAUACUUCAAAACAACGUUUAAAACAAGUUAAAGAAGAGUUAGCAAAAAUUCGAAAAGAAUUAAAACCAUUAAAAUUAAGACAAAAAGCUGAAAAACAACGUGUUAAUCAAUUAAGAAAAUUAAAACAAACAUUAGAAAAUCUUCAUGCUAAAAUGGCACAAGCUGAACGAGAAAAAAAUUUAACUUUAGUUGCCGAUAUGAAAUAUGGAGCAAUUUCUGAUCUUGAAAAAAGAAUAGCUGAAAUUGAAUAUCGUAUUAUUGAAGAAAAUAAAUAA